CGUACGCUGGAUAUUUCGGAGGAGUCUCGGGUCUGACUAAGGGGCAGUUCCUGAAGAUCAAUGGUUUCCCCAACGAGUACUGGGGGUGGGGAGGAGAGGACGACGACAUCUACAACAGGAUCACACUGAACGGGAUGAAGGUUUCCAGACCCGACAUUCGCAUCGGACGCUACCGGAUGAUCAAACACGAGCGCGACAAGCACAACGAGCCCAACCCCCAGCGUUUCACGAAGAUCCAGAACACGAAGGUGACGAUGAAGAAGGACGGGAUCCACUCGCUGCGCUAUCAGGUGAUCCACUUCGCCAAAUACCCCAUGUACACGAACAUCACCGUGGAUAUAGGGAAACCGCCUCCGCGGCCGGCCCGGGGAUAGCGCCAAACUCGAGCGCCGACGGUUCUGAGGUCAGGACGAGAUCCAGGCAGCCGAGAGGGAUGAUGGGAUCUGCUGGGAUCUGCGGCUCCUCACUGCUGACUUUCCUGCACAAUGUGUCAGAUUUCCUUCUUCUUUUCUCGGACCCUUACAUGGGAUUCUGGAAUCAUUUUUACUUUGUGGAUCCUGUCAGAGGGGGCGUGGUCCAUAACUGCAGUCACACCCGGAGCUGCACUCACAAUUCUGCUGGUUUACUAUGUCAGAGGGGACGUGGUCCAUAACUGCAGUCACACCCGGAGCUGCACUCACAAUUCUGCUGGUUUACUAUGUCAGAGGGGACGUGGUCCAUAACUGCAGUCACACCCGGAGCUGCACUCACAAUUCUGCUGGUUUACUAUGUCAGAGGGGACGUGGUCCAUAACUGCAGUCACACCCGGAGCUGCACUCACAAUUCUGCUGGUUUACUAUGUCAGAGGGGACGUGGUCCAUAACUGCAGUCACAUCCGGAGCUGCACUCACAAUUCUGCUGGUUUACUAUGUCAGAGGGGACGUGGUCCAUAACUGCAGUCACAUCCGGAGCUGCACUCACAAUUCUGCUGGUUUACUAUGUCAGAGGGGACGUGGUCCAUAACUGCAGUCACAUCCGGAGCUGCACUCACAAUUCUGCUGGUUUACUAUGUCAGAGGGGACGUGGUCCAUAACUGCAGUCACACCCGGAGCUGCACUCACAAUUCUGCUGGUUUACUAUGUCAGAGGGGACGUGGUCCAUAACUGCAGUCACAUCCGGAGCUGCACUCACAAUUCUGCUGGUUUAGUAUGCUGGAGCCCAGUGAUCCCACAGUGGGGUCUUCUGAGUGUGAGAUGUGUGCAGCGCCCCCCGGAGGGUUGUCUGGCACCAAUGAAGUAACUGAGGCUCCUCCCACCAAUAUGGCUGUCAGCGCUGUGUGAGUGGAUCCGAUGCUGGAAUGUAAUGUUAUCACCGCGGUGCCGGGGGAGGGGAACGUCCUGGGGCCACAAUGUGCGCAGCGUCCAUCGUCUUCCGGUCAGUAGUGGGACCCCCGUUAGAUCUGAUCAAUGGGGAGCACAACAUGGAGGGGGCGGGCACAGGAUGGAUGCUGACUCCGCCUCCUGCACUUUCUUCUGUAUGCUUUGCUCCUCCCCCGAUCUUCACUAUUUUUCACGAUUUUUUUACGAUCUGCGUUUGGUUUUCUGUAUUUGGACGUUAUAUGUGAGAAGUGCAUGAGAUUCGUCAGAGACCGCGCCGUCCGUGCAUGUGAUUCCCCGCGUAUACACCGGCGCCUUAUCUCACAACACGGACUGUGCCCGGGACCGCAGGGGCAGGGCCGGGGGCUCCAGGUCGCUGUAGUUCAGGGGACACGGUCGCUUUUGUACUUUUUUU